AUGUCAGCCCAUCAAGAAGCCGAAACCGUUCAAACCGAAGUACAAGAUUAUGUCCCUCCUUCCCUGAUCGCUAGAUCCGAGAACGAAGAACAUGAAGGAUCCCAUGCUGAUGAUGAAACUAUUGUAGAGCCUCAUCCGACUACUGCAAACGACUGGGAAGAAGUUCCUUCCAAUGUCAAUGAACAACACCCUUCCAGUAACCCGACAACGGUUAGGGUAGAACAGAAAACCGACGUUGCCCCCACUACGGUACAACAAGACCAAGAUAAACCUGUCGAAACUACCGAAACCAACGUCCAACCUAAUCAAGAUCAUGAAAGAGCUUCAAGCCGCAGUAGGGGUCCGCGGACAAUUAUCACUUUUGGUCCUGAAUACACUUCAUGCGACCAACGUUGGGAAACAAGGAGAACUAUGACAGCUGAUGCUGGAGUUGUUUUCCGUGAAGAUUCUCGCGUCUCGCGCAUCGACAUUCGUACUUCCCUUUCGGUAGCUACAGGGGAAAAAUCUAACGCUCCUGAUGGUCGAUCGAACGAGUCAUUUUCGAAAAGGGAAGUGUUGUUGACAGCUCUGUUGGCUAAUUCUUUGACCAACAGUAUCAUGUCCAGUGUCAAGCGGCUAGAAGAUUUCAGAUUUGAUGAUGAGGUAGAAGGGAACAACCGUGCUGAUGAAUGA